CCGUCUACCGGAAGUACUUAGAAACGUAAACAUUGACGUAUAUUGUUUCUGAGUCACCCAGAAUGCACCGCAGACCAGGGGUCUUCCCAACAAAGAGAGAACGUUUCUGAAGAAAUUAAAAGAAAAUCUAAAUUACUGUGUCAUUUCAGAGUAAUACACUACAAGCUACUAGUUUACAAUAAACACCUCGACUGACAUGCCGUUGCGACUACGUUCGUGCUGUCCAUGAACGUGUUCAUCAUAGAGCGCAGACGACGAGCAGCGUAUCGGCGUUUCAUUUGUCCGUUUUCUCAUACUAGACUUUGCGUACCUUACUAAAAAAUAGAGCGGUCAGUCUAACAGGGGAGUAACUUGAGUUUUUGUCACAACUGAAAAAUGUCGGCGUAAGUAAGUGCUGUUAUCGCUUUGGGGAGAACAGUACCAACAACCGCGGGAGAGGCGGUAGUAGACAAGCGCUGCGGCUCGGACGGGUUCGCUGGAGCGCCAUGAGCUCCGAGGAGCAGCCAGCGGGCGCCGGCAAGGCCUCGGGCGCCGAUCCGCAGGGAGACGGCAUGUCGUGGUGGUACCGCUGGCUCUGUAAGAUCGCGGGAGUCCUCGGAGGGAUCUCUUGUGCCAUUGCUGGAGUGUGGAACUGUGUCACCGUUAACCCCUUAAAUAUUGCAGCAGGAGUGUGGAUGAUCUUGAACGCUUGUGUGCUGUUCCUGUGCGAGGUGCCCUUCUGCUGUCAGUUCGUUGAGUUUGCCAACGCGGUGGCGGCGCGUGCCGACAGACUCAAACCCUGGCAGAAAGCGUUCUUCUACUGUGGGAUGGCAGUUUUUCCCAUUGUCCUAAAACUGUCCUUCACCACGUUGUUUGGCAAUGCAAUUGCCUUUGCAACAGGAGUUCUAUAUGGAUUGGCAUCUCUGGGAAAGAAGGGGGAUGGUGUGAGCUACGCCCGCCUCCAGCACCAAAAGCAGGGUGAUGAGGAGAAGCUGACAGGGACCACAAACUGGGACGGACAGUAAUGCGUUUUCCAAAGUCAGGAAGCAAAGUGCACCUUGUCCCUCUCCUCCCAGCACCCAGUCUGAGCUGCUGAUGCACAGUCACUUACUCUAGAGUGCAUCAUGUUGGUUAGUCUUGUCCGUUUUUCUUUUUGGUUUUCAUUUUCCAAAUACUUUCCCUAUUUCUUUUUUAUAUUUGUGAAACUAGUUUUGUUUCCCCAUCUUGUGAAAUAUGUGCUGAUCAGUGACUGAAAGGUAUUUAGUUUGAAACAACUUAAUUUCUAAAGCAAAUUUCAUAUUUGAAAUUGCAUGUCAUUAACUCAUUUUGCAUACAUUUCUGUGAAAUUCAGGUUAUCCAAAGACCCUGAAAUAGUCAUAAGCGGGAAAUGUUAUAUUAACUGGGUAUAUAACUGGAUCUGAAACUAGAUACGAAUAUAUUGAUUAGAAUGACUAAUAUGAUAAAACAUUUUAAUCAUAGUUACUGUCAUUUGUAGGUACUGGAAAUUGUUCUCGUUGGGCAUGUAAUCUGAAAGUAAAGGGCAGUGGGAGAGUUCCCUUAAAAUGUGCAUGGUCAGUUACUUCGAAGCUCAUAUAUGCCCAAUAUGUUAACUGUUAAAUAAUGAUUUUUGGGUGCAUGAAUAAAGUAAUUUCUGAUUAUGGAACUUUUAAAUGUUUUGCUUGAUAAGGUUACUAAACAAAGUGGUGGGAGUGAGUUUAGUGGUUUAUACAGACACAACUGAAAAAUGAGUUUUAUAGCCAUUCUGCUUUAAAAUUUCAGCUGCUAUUGUUUUCUUAUAAUAUAUUGCUUAAUUAUUUAAUUGUGGGAUGUUUCUGCUUAACCAAGGUGUUGCACAACUUGAAUAUUUUUGUCCUUGAUUCAGGGAAUUUUGCCUGUGUGUCUGUUUUCACUGUUCUACAGGAUACUGUGUCGUCAUGAAAUGAAUUUAACUAUACACUCAAGGUGACGCCUGCCAUCCUUCUCCUUACAUGUGCAGGUAGCACAGUGGUUAAAGUUGACUUGAAGGUACUCCCUAGUUCUGCUGCAGUACCCCUUACCAACAUACUUACCCCGAAUGGUUCUAAUUAAAAUACCCAGCUAUAUAAAUGGAAGAGGUGCUGUAAGCAUCAGUGAAUAAAACUGAGUUGUACAGGAUUGUUUGAAUCGUGCAAUAGACUACUAUACAGUGUUAGCUACCAUUUAUCUAUCUUCUAGAAAAGCAAAAUGAUCUUAGAGGUUGCAGUGUCUGAAUCAGGCUCACUGGAAUAUGGAUGUGCGCCGCAUUAUCCAGACUUCUCUUUGUAGAUUUAAUACUUUUAAUUUCAGUAAUAUAAUCUAAGCCUUCACUAGCUUUUUAACUUUAUAUUUUGGGUCUGUCAAAAAGGAAUUAAUAUAUAAUGGGAGGAGUUUAAAUAAUGUUGCAUACAGCAUUUAAAUAUAGAAGGUAAUUUACUUUUGUUGGCUCAAGCAGAGGAAUGCCCUGAAUCUGGCCAGAGAGUGGAGUUCAUGUUAGCAACCCCAAAACACUGAAAGAGUUCAGACAUCAGAAGCCUCUUCCAUACCUUCGCUUAAUAAGAAAACUAUGGUAGUGGUUGCUGUGACUGAAAUUUGACUUGACAGCACUCACACUACCCUUAGAUGAUGCAGAUGUUGCUAACGCUCCUAUAAUGUCUUACAAUGUUAAAAAUGCCACAAAUGGGAAAAGUUCUGCACAUGUAAGUGUUCAGGAUGUUCAGUGUCAUCUUUGCCAUCUAGUUGACAAACUUGAGUGACUGUCAACUAGAUCUCUUGUUUAGAUGUACUGCACCUGCAAUUGUUUUUUUUUUUUUUUUUUUUUUAUGUAUCAUUGCUAUGUAAUUUUUGCUCUUUUUGCUUGUCAUUAUAUAGUUACCAGUUAAGGUGCAUGACGAAUUUUCUACGGCAGAAUGUAAGGACAAAACUACAGUGAGGGAAAACAUACGUUUACAGAGCCAGUACUCUUGUACCAUGUGCAUAUCUGCUUGGAAAAAUCUUUUGAUUUCCAUAAGGUAUUUUUUAGAAGUCGAGUUUGUGUAAUGUGCAUAACAGCUUUCGAAAACCUUUGUCAAAAAGCUGACACAUAAUCCAAAGCAGUUACCAUGUUCAUUACUGAUUUACACAAAAUUUGUGCUGAAAAUUAACAAAAUGGACACAUACUAGGUACACCUCACAAAGGUGACAGCUUCUUUGCCAACCACUUUGACUAGAUAUUUCUGUCACUCCAAAAUUCUUUGCCUUUCUGUCACAAUCAGUGAAAGGUUACUAUUUAAACCCCCAUUUAUUCAGUGUGGAAAAUCAUAUAUAGGUAAAAUAUACAUUAUGUAAUAUUUUAACAGCUGAAUAAAACUAAAAAUGACAAAAGUAUUUGUCUCCACAAACUCUUGUUCACUGAUUGUUGACCAGUUUAUGCCAUAAAUGUGCAACAUCCAUCAUGCUGCUAAUUUAAGCUGUCUUUAAAUCUAUCAUCCAAGUGAGAUGUUUGCCUGCUGUGCUUUAAUCAUCAACACGAGACGACACUGUGGAAACAAGCUGUAUUAAGGUGGUCCUACAUUCCUAUUAUGCUUCAUGGGUAAAUGGUUUGCAUUCACUACAGACAGGAAUUCCAUGAAGAAAAAAAAAACUAGGAUGUGUACGAAUCUUGGAAAAUUCAUAACCAUUUCUAACAUAAGGAGCAAGUGUAUACUGAUUUUAUUGGAAACUGUUAUAUACUUGUGCAGGGUUGGCAACCCCGAGAAGCGUCUGCUGCAGUUCAUGCUGGUUCUGCUUUCACCUGAGCCACUAAAAUUAUUCAGUUUUGUUUAUGAUGGAAUGUGCUACACAAUUUAAAGCACAUUAAAUGCCCUAGUAAAGGACAUGCUAUGUAAAAGCAGACAACUCAGUUGUUCAAGUGUUAAAAAUAAAAGAAUUUUUAUUAAUUGAAAUAGUCAAUCUGUUUAAUCAGCAAAAUGAAAGGUCUUUACUUUCAUGACUGCUCUUAUUACUCUUGAAUUAGCACUAACUUGGUUUAACACUGUUUGAAUAUGAUGGCAUGUUUGCACUACUUGUACUCAUGUAUUCCUUUCAAUAAAAGUCCCAAUCAAUGAAUGGUGAGUAAAGAGCUCAGAUGGAAUGAAAACAAUUUCCUACUGCGGGUGAAGACGAGGGGUGCUCACUACUCCAACGGUGGAAAAUGAUAAAAUCAGGGCUUACUACUACUAGUUAUGUGUUCCACAUAACUGUCAAAUAAUACUUUACAAUAGUUUUAUCUUUCAUGGCAUGAGGAUGGUUACAAAUCUUUCCCUCUAAUUUCAGGUCAUUUUGUAUAAAUCACACACAGUUGGAAUUAUUCCAUGUGCCCUUACGUUGCUGCUGCAUGAGUGAUACAUGCAAAACCACACAGCGAUACCCAUUUUGGUAGUUUUGUUGUAUUUGUUUGAAUGCUGAACUGAAUUUAACAGUCACUACUGGAUUGUUCACUUUUGUUCUUGCAUAAUAAACUUUGCCUUUGUAAAUUAUAA